AUGGCAACCGACACCGAGAUGUUCGACGUGUCCAGUGAUUCACGACCGGACCUAAUUAGAUGGCUGGCUCCAUAUAUGCCUACAUGUAUCGCCCUUUAUCGGCGCAUACAAUUCGGACACUUCAAACCCGGCUCCCACCUGUUCAGCUCUAUCAACUUUGAUAGUCCUGCUCGUGGAACGAGCGUCAGCCGUCCGUGGAUAGCCGCAUUUGUCGACCGCUCAUGUAGACCCGAGACCGAGGUCUGGCUGGCCGCCAGUUGGGAACACGACACGCCAGCGGACGACACAUGGCUCCCGUAUGCUGAUGAGCUUGUCAAAUCCAUGAUCAAGAAGAUCAAAGAAGUCGGAGUCGAUCCCUCGGAAGCUGAAUCUAUCGUCAGUUCGGAAAAAUCUACAGGUCUCUCCUCGACUAUCAACGGCAGUGCGAGUGUUGACAGAGAUCACUAUCUACAGCACAUGCAGAACGAACAAGUUGUCCUGUUUGGUUCUGUACACAGCUCCACACUCAAGAUACUAAACAGGCUGGGCUUUGUCGACCCAACUUCCGCCGAAGUAUCAAAUAUACCAUAUAGGAAGUACCUCUUUGAUCUCAGGGACAAUGUCGAGUGUCGAAGCCUGCCUGCUGGCUUCGUAUACGGCAGGGUCAACCCUAAAGACUAUCCGCUGGUCAAGUCACGCACGCAGAUUCCUCGACAAGACAGAACUCUAGUCAAGCUCCCCAGUGUUGCGAUAUAUCCUACAGACUCCUCGUCCACUACGCCAUCGCCAAUCGCCUGGGCUUUCCUCGGACUGGACGCUUCACUCACAACCUUACAUGUCGAAACAGCAUGCAGAGGUUUUGGACUGGCCAAAAGCCUUAGUCUCAAGUUGUUCUCCGAAGAAAUGGAGACAUAUUGCCAACAUAACCCGGCUUCGACGGACUAUAACAGUGUUCAAGAAAGAUACGCUCACGCAGAUGUGGCAAUAGAUAACAAAGCAAGUCAAGGGGUGUGCGAAAGUUUGGGAGGAAGAUGGUAUUUUGAAGUGUUUUGGAUACGAGUUGUUUUGGUAUAG